GCCAUGUCUCUGCCUGGGCGCUCGCACACCGUCCGGCUGGUGUUCCUCGGGGCAGCGGGGGUCGGAAAGAGCGCGCUCAUCCACCGUUUCCUCCACGACCGCUUCCAGCACAAGUACACGCGCACAGUCGAGGAGCUUCACGUGCUGGAGUACGACACUGGGAAGUCUGGGAAGGUGCGCCUGGAGAUCUUGGACACGAGCGGGAGCUACCCCUUCCCGGCCAUGCGGGAGCUCUGCAUCCGACACAGUGACGCAUUCGCCCUCGUGUACGCGGUGGACGACCCCGGGUCCCUCGAGGAGGUGCGGCGGCUCCGCGACGAGAUUCUGGAGCUGCGGGGCGGCAAGGGAGCGCCCAUCACCGUGGUGGGCAGCAAGGCGGAUCUAACCGACACCGAGGGUCGCGUGCUGCUGACGGCUGAUGUCAUGGCCACAGUGGAGGGUGAGUGGGACGCCGACUUCGUCGAGGCGUCCGCGCGCACCGGUGGAAACACGGCUGGAGUGUUCCGCGCGCUACUGCAGCAGGUGAACUUGCCGCACCUGUUGAGCCCUGCAAUGUGGAGGCGCAGGGACACGAUGCCCAGACCAGCUGUCAAGAAAAGACCACCACUGAAGAAAAACAACAGUUGUGUCGUGUCAUAG